UUUCUUAAGAAGAAUUAAAUUUUAACAAUCAGAAUGAAAGAUUUUAAAUUGAUUCUUGCAUUGAUGUCAAUUCUUACUGUGAGCGUCUUCGCUUACAGUAGAAAUGAAAGAAUUGUCAAUGGAGAAGAGCUUAAGGAACUACUAAUUGACAAUAACCAAAAUAUUAUCACUACUGUUUGGUUUAAGAAUGAUAAAUUCAACAAUGAACACAACAAGAGAAAUCUAAUCGUUGCAGGAAGUAUCAAGAAAUUGCUUUCAAAGUGUCAUCCAGAUGCUAUUUACACACAAGCUGACCUCUCAGACUACAAUUCAGAUAAGCAAGGAUUCGAAAGGGUUGCUCAGGAGUGGAACUUGAACACAAAUGAGCUUGAUGAUGGCCCAAUGGUCAUGGUGAUGUACCAACAGAAUGGAGAAAUGCACUGGGCUUCUUACGACACCCUCCUGAUUAAACUAGUUCAAGCGGUUGAUAGAGACAUAAGAAACGAAGAGAUCACUAGUUUUGGAAAAAGACCCCAACAAUGCAGAGUAAGCCUGGAUUAUGCUGCUUUGGAUGAAUACUCCAAAAACAAUCCAUGGAGUAGAUACUCUGGACCUGUAAACCCAACCUCUAGGUACCCGUCUGAUCCAUAUGCGAGAAACGGAGGCUCCUCAGGAGGUUACAGUGGAGGAAGCCAAAAUUAUAACGGUGGAAAUUCAUAUAGUUCUAACGGAGGAUAUUCGAAUGGGGGUUAUGGUUCUUCAGAUUAUGGAAGUUCAGGAUCAGGAAGUUAUGGAUCCUCAGGAAGCGGAUCAUCAGGUUCAAAUUAUGGAUCAAGCAGUGGUACAAGUGGUAGCUCUUCUGGAAGUGGUACUUCAGGAAGCGGAACUUCAGGAAGCGGAACUUCAGGAAGCGGAACCUCUGGAAGCGGAACCUCUGGAAGUGGAACCUCUGGAAGUGGAACCUCUGGAAGUGGAACCUCUGGAAGUGGAACAUCUGGAAGUGGAACAUCUGGAAGUGGAACCUCAGGAAGUGGAACCUCAGGAAGCAGUACUUCAGGAAGCAGUACUUCAGGAAGCGGAACUUCAGGAAGUGGAACUUCAGGAGAUAGUACCUCUGGAAGCGGAACAUCUGGCUCUUCAGACUCUGGUAGUGGCUCUUCAGGAUCAUCAACCUCAGGAAGCUCCUCAACUAGCUCUGGAGGUAGUACUUCAGGAUCAUCAAGUUCAGGAAGCAGCAGCUCCACAUCAGACAGUGGUUCUUCAAGUUCAUCUUCAAGUGGGGAUAAGAAAUUCUCACUAUCUGAGCCAGACAAAGCUUUUAGUUGGAGACGUUAA